AGCACCUUCAGUUAGACGUUAGCCGUUGUGGUGGCCACAGCGCGAUGUAUUAAAAAGUCUCUUUUCGCGAUUUUUUUUUAUACCAUGUGAUUCAAUAGGAGAAUGUCCCACAUAUUGUAUGUUAAAUAUUCGAACCGUUACAUUUAAAAAAUGCCAGGAAGUAGAUAUAAUUACAAAAAAGAUGGAAAUUGUUGGGAAUACAGAACCGGAUUGGAAAAAGUACUUAUUGCGGCCACACUCACUGCAGUAAUCGUCGUUAUUAUUUUAAUUGUGUUAGUGAUUUCAAUUUCUAAACAAGAUAAAUCCCAUACAACCGGCUACGCGAUUGCACCAGAACCGAUAAUUUAUGCCAACAAGAUUGCGGACAUCGAGCAGAGCAUCGAUCCCACAGUAGAUCCGUGCGAGGAUUUUUACAAAUUUGCGUGCGGAAAUUUAUUAAAAAGGGCCAACGGCGAUGAAAACCUCGGCACCUUUUUUGUCAUACAAGAAAAUUCAAGGCGACAGAUCGAUGAAAUAUACAACGAAUCCAUCUGGAGGGAGGAGCAUAGAAUAGUCGGACUUGCCAAAAAAAUGUAUAAACACUGUAUGAAUGAAUCAGCUGUAGAAAGAGAAGGUUUGCAAACGGUUACGGACGUAUUGGACAAACUAGGAGGGUGGCCCGUUCUCAAAGGAGUCAUUUGGGAUGAAUCCAACUUUUCUUGGUUACAAACGCAGUACCUGCUUAGAGAACUGGGAUAUUUUUACUCCCAAUUUUUAACUGUCACUGUUGAAACCGAUCCAAAAAAUGAUCAGAAAUUUAUUCUUCAGGUGUCGUUUCCGGCAUUCGACGACUUUGGUGCCGAAUUAUUUGAGAAACAGAGAUUUAUGGUCGAUGUGGCGCUCGCUUUUGGCGCAGACGAAGGAAGAGCUUUAAUUGACAUCGCGAAAGUUUUAGAAUUUAUGCUGGAUAUAAAAAGGGAAGUCUUUCUCCGCGAAAACGACGAACCGCCACAACGUGUAUCGUUAUCCGAAAUUCAAAAAAGGUACGAAUUUAUCAACUGGAUCGAAUUUAUGCAUAAUAUUAUAGGACCUUCGAUACGAAUUUCCAUUCACGAUCACAUUCUUUUCCCUCCUCUUAACACGUUAAAGAAAUGGUACGAUUUUAUUCAAAAUACACCAAAGCGCAUUCAAGCAAACUACAUGAUUUGGAAGGUGCUGGAAAAGAUCAUUCCAAACGUGCCCAAAUUACAGAAACUCCAAUUUAAAAGCUCGCCGAAGAUUAGUCGAUCGAGCUACUGUAUUGAUGAAGUUAGAAAGCAUUUCACCCCAAAUCCCAUUGACGUAAUGUACGUUAGAAGACGUUUGCCUCUUAAAAGACGCGAUAUGAUCAAGAAAAUUAUCGCGGAUAUGAAGGCGCAACUAAGAAUGUUGGUCGAACGAACCCCAUGGAUCAGUACUCCCGAUAAAUACAAAAUAAUUACUCGCAUCAAUGGAUCAACUGAAAUUAUCGGCGCGCCUAGCGAUUUAUUCGAAGAUGAAAUAUUUGACGACAUGAGCACUGAUUGGACAGUUCCCAAGAACGACUCUUACCUAGAAUUACUAUCGCAUAUUGAGAGAAGUAGACAAACGUGGCUCUACAAUCAGAUGUAUUAUCGAAAAAGUGAGGUCGAGAUCGCCAAGUGGAAGAUAACGACAUCUUCUGGUAUUGGAGAUUACUUAUACGACAAAAACGUGUUCAUAUUGCCGGCAACGUUAUUCCAAAAGGUUGUAUUUGAUGAAGAGAAGCCGUUAUAUUUCAACUACGGAAGCAUGGGUACGCUUAUGGCGCACCAUUUCCUACAGCUACUAGGAGAGUCGUCCAGUUUCUUUGAUCACGAUGGAAACAUAAUCGAGCCCCCUUCCAAUUUGUCCACAACGCUUCUAUUUCGCAAACCAGACUGCUUAGUACGACAGCUCAAUACGAACGUGUCAAAAUUUAUGCUGGAUUCGCUCCUUCCGCAAGCUUUAGGCUUGCAACUGUCGUAUUCGGCAUUUCGUAAAAACCACGCGGCAACGAUGGACAGUUCGAUAGAACCUUACAGUUCGGAACAACUAUUUUGGAUAUCGGCAGCUUCGUACUUCUGCCAACCUUCCAAUGACGAUUUGAAUGAUAAGGAUUUAUUUUCUUUACUGGUAUCAGUUCCUAUGCGUAACAACCAACACUUUGGUAGAGACUUUAAUUGUACAUCGGGCACGAGAAUGAAUCCAAAGGAAAGAUGUGAUUUAUUUGUAUAAUUUCCCUAAUAAAUUGUUUGUUAAACCACA